AUGGCCAAUCAAAUGGAACAAGCAGCUUCGCAUGUGGUGACUGUGUCACAAGAACUGGUGGGACCUUUGCAGGAAACCAACACUUUGACUGCAGCAGACUUGACUCGUAUCCGAGCUGCCACUGGGUGCACAGUGGGCUUGCGUAGUCGUGGAAGAGGACCCAGGGUGUUGACAGUCAAAGGUGAAGCACGAUGGGUAGAUGUUGCCAGACGCAUGGCCUUGAGCGGCUGCACUGCGCAAGCUUGUACUUCACGAAUGAGCGCUUUACCAAUGAGAUCAGAUGCUGCCUCCAGUAUCGAUGACAGCUCAGCUCCUCCUGCCACACGCUUGAGGGGUCUGCUUUCUGGCUACCUGAUGACUGCCGAAGUCUUUGGUACUAAUGUGAAUAGCAGAUGCGGGCGCUUCAUCAGCUAUGCAGACUAUGUUCAUCAUCUGGAUUGCUCGGUCUUGAGGGAGGUACAAAUUCAACAGAUUGUCCACACUGGCCAUCACACAGACUUCCUGCGUCAAGUGGCCUACAGCCAGGAGUUUGCCAAUCUGAUGUCAAACUUUUUGACUUCGGUACAAAGGCUGCCCAGGCGGGAACACCUUGUUGGUAUCAGCAGUGUCCAUGGGCAGCACCGAUCGGUAAGUGCUGCAUUGCUCCUGCAAUAUGUGUUUCAGCAACUGGGUGCUCGAUGGACUAACCGUUUCUUGGAAGAGCGAAGUGGAGGCUGGCGUGAGCUUUGCCAUGGGUGUCCUCGAUGUGACGACAACAGUGAAGAUGAUGAGAUCAAACGUUUCGUGCUGCAAAGGGCACAGCGCUACCACGUCAGACAGAAGCUGCCUGCCCUCCUGCAAGUUCUGACCACUGCUUCGUAUCAGCAGGCCUUUGUCUUCGUGUCCGAUUCCAACAGUGCCAUUCAAAUCGCUGAGCUGUUGAACCAGGCAGGUGUUCCUGCUGCGGCCAGUGGAGGGCGAAUGGAGCAGUCUUGGAGAACACAGGCCUUUGCUGGGCUGAAGCGCUUCCAGUAUCGCGUGUUGGUUUGCACGGACCUCAUGGCGCGGGGCAUCGAUGCAGAGAACGUGGAUGUGGUGGUGAACUUGAACUUGCCUGUAGAGAAGGAGACCUAUCUCCACCGGAGCGGCCGCACGGCCCGCUUCGGCUCGGUAGGGUGGAUGGUCUCCUUGGUGUUCGAGGGUGAAGAGGCAGAACACCUGGAUUUCUUUCAGAAACAGCUAGGUUUCGAGAUGGUGGACUUUGCCGAUCGCGAGGCGGCGAUGAUGGGCAAGUUGCAGCAGUUGAAUCUGCAGGAUGCAACGCUAGGCCCAACACAGGAAGAGAUUGAUCGCUUUCCACAGCAGCCCUUUCCCACACCCCAGGUUCACGAACCAGGAUUUGAUUCCAAGCCAUCGAGGAAGAGGAAUGCAGCCAAGAUUCCAGACGUGCCUAAGCGCCGCCUCGCGGAGCCGCCCGAGCCGCCGGAGCUUCCGGCGAUUCCGGCUGCGCAGGCGGCCGUUCCGCCUUCUGCCAGAGCGCCGCCCUUUAUAGGUCCACCAGGUCACCCUGGUGGCCUUGGUGGCCAUGGUGGCCUUGGUGGCCUUGGUCUGCCAGCAAGUCCGCAAGUGGAGAGGACCUUCGCAAAACGGAGCGCUGGAGCCGCUCCGACGAAAGUCGCUUUUGCUCCACCUCCUGUCCUGCUUCCACCGAACCACGCGACACAGGCACAUGUGCCAGAGUGGGAGUCUUGGAUGUUGAAUUGCAGCUUUGAGAGAUACCUCCAGCAGAGCGGCGCGAAUCCCCUCGCGGGCCUCAGCGCCAGUACCCGAGAACGUUUAGAUGCUUUAUGGCACCAUCAUCGCCGUGUGUGGAUUGGUGCCUAG